CGAGUGAAAUCUGGAAAAACUUUUGAAGAGGAAAAUAAGGCAGAGAAUAAUAAAGAAAAAGAAAAAAGAAAAAAAAAAAGGGAAAGAAAGAAAGAAGCAAAUUGCUGUGUGUGUAUAUGUGUAAGUGUAUCUGCAUGACACCAAAUCAGUGAAGAAACUCAGUAAUAUUACUAGUUCAAUUUUCUCAUUUAAAACAAGCCAAACUGAGGUGGAAAAUCAUAUCAAAUAGUGCCCAUGGAGGGAAUUCUGGCUGAGUUGUAAGGUUGAAGCAGAAGAUCGAUAUAUAUAUAUACAUAUAUAUAUAUAGGACUUGCUAUAAGAGAUGGCGGCAUCAUCUUCCUCAGCAUCGCUCUUUGGAUAUAGAGAAGAGGAUCAGAACCAGAUGAACCAACAACAGCAUUCCAUGACACCAUCAUCGUCAACAAUUCCAGCUGCACCACCCCAGAAGAAAAAGAGAAACCAACCUGGAACACCAAAUCCAGAUGCGGAGGUGAUAGCACUAUCUCCCAAGACCCUAAUGGCAACAAACAGGUUUAUAUGUGAGGUGUGCAACAAAGGGUUCCAAAGGGAGCAAAACCUACAGCUUCACAGAAGAGGACACAACCUGCCUUGGAAGCUUAAGCAGAAGACUACAAAAGAGCCAAGGAGAAAGGUUUAUCUGUGUCCUGAGCCCACAUGCGUCCACCAUGACCCUUCAAGGGCUCUGGGUGACCUCACUGGGAUUAAGAAGCACUAUUCUCGCAAGCAUGGUGAGAAGAAGUGGAAGUGUGAGAAAUGCUCAAAGAAGUAUGCAGUUCAAUCAGAUUGGAAAGCCCAUUCUAAGACUUGUGGCACCAGGGAAUACAGAUGUGACUGUGGCACUCUCUUCUCCAGACGAGACAGCUUCAUCACCCACAGGGCCUUCUGUGAUGCAUUGGCUCAAGAGAGUGUGAGACAACCUCCUAACCUUAGCGGUGCAAUUGGGAGCCACCUAUAUGGAAGUAGCAACAUGGCUUUAGCCUUAUCUCAGGUGGGUCCACAGAUUUCCAACAUGCAAGACCAAAAUAACCAAUCUCCAACUGAACUAUUGCGUCUUGGCGGUGGUGGUGCCGGUCGAACCGGACAAUUCGACCACAUUCUCCCACAAUCACUCGGUUCAUCACCCUUUAGACCUUCACAACAACAAACCGUUCAUUCUCCAGCUUCAUUCUUCAUGUCUGAAUCAAACCAAAACUACCACAACAAUUCUCCACAACAACAACAACAAGGGUUGUUGCAGAACAAGCCAUUCCAGGGACUAAUGCAAUUGUCUCAUCAUGAAGUACUUAACAAUCAUAAUCAUGGUGCCAACCACUUCAACAUUCCCUUCCUUUCAAGUAAUAGCACUAACAGCAGCAACAACUCCUUCUCUGAACACUUCAACACUACUACUACUGGAACAGGAGGCAAUAAUGAAGGGACAAAUUUCUUCACUACUAUGAUAGGUGGUGGUGGUGGUCACCAAACAACAACAACUUCAAGUGCUCCUUCUCUCUUCAGCGGUACUUCUCUUCAAAGCAACAGUGCAAUAUCUCACAUGUCAGCAACUGCACUGCUUCAGAAAGCUGCUCAAAUGGGUGCAACUUCAAGCAACAGCACUGCCUCACUUCUUAAAAGCUUUGGAAGCACUUCUUCUAGCAGCGGAUCCAAAUCUGAUCACAGGCCGUUGGUUGCUGCAAACUAUGGAAACAUUUUCGGAGGAAACGAACAGAGCAAUCUACAAGACUUGAUGAACUCAUUUGCUGCUAGUGGGAACUCUUCUAUAUUCGAAACUGGGUCUUCUGGAGGACUUACUGGGUUUGAAGCAUAUGAUCAUAACAACAACACAAAUAGGGACCCUAAUAAACUUCAGUCAAUGAACAUCGGAGGCUCUGAUAGGCUCACCCGUGAUUUUCUAGGUGUUGGUCAGAUAGUAAGAAGCAUGAGUGGUAGUGGUGGGGUUUCACAAAGAGAACAGCAACAGCAACAUGGUUUCAGCUUGAGCACUUUGGAGGCCGAAAGAAAUGCUACGGCGCCGUCAGGGCAAUCUUUUAGAGGAGGAGGGAAUUUUCAGUGAGAAAAUCAUCAUCACAUGAAAAGAAAGUACAAAAGGGAUUUCAGCUUGUUCAAUUGAAACUUGACUAUCUAGCUCAUCGAUCUAAUUAAGGUUUUCUGAUAGCAGCAUUAGGGAAGCAUGUGGGAGUUUCUGGAUUUUAUUAAUGGCGCAAGCAAUUUAGGCUUCUUCAACUCAGUUAUAUCUUUAUGCUUUUUUAUCAACCCCCUCCCCCCCCCUUUCUACAACUUUAUUCGGAUUAUAAACAAACUAGCUCCAAGAUUUUCGUUGGUUUAACUUAAUAGGUUUUGUUAUUGGACAAUGCAUUAGUUAUAUUUUAAUUCGAUUACCAGU